AAUAAAUGUUAUGUUUAUUGUCCUAACCUAGUAACGGAAAGGCCGAUUUUCGCGGUUGUGAAUUGUUAAAUUUUUAAAAUUUAAAAGAUGACGGACUUUUCAGACCUCUUACGCGAGGCCGAAAAAUUAACUAAUGAUCUCGAAGGAACUACGGAACUUCCAAAAGUAGAAAGAUCACUCAAACAAGUAUUAGACGCUUCUAAUGAUUUGUAUACCCGAGUUGCCCAAACUGGGUCUAAGGACAUUCAAGCUAAUUUACUAUUGGGUUCAAAAGGGAUAGAUCUACCGAAAAUUGUUCAAAAAUUGGAAUCAAUUAGUACAAAACGAACAUUUGAACCUAUUCAACCUGUCGAUGACUUAGAUGUACCCAGUUUAUUGCAAAACGAAAUUAGAAACAAGAUUCUCGAAGCAUUUGACUCAGGAUACAGUGAGAUGUUAAAGUCUACUUCUGAAAAUGCAUGGGAACACCAAUCUGGCGAAUGGAAGCAACAAAAAAGGAAGAUACUAAGUGCUUUAGGUGGUCGAUCCGGUUUGCCCAUUGAAAUUGGAAAACAUCAGAGCAUAAUAAUGGAAAAACCGUCCAUUCCAAUUGGGCAAUUAGGUCCUAUUGAAACAAUAUAUGCUUCUAAAAUUAUGGAAUAUAACAAAGCCAUUGUUACGGGAGUACCAAAACCUAAUCUUGUUCAAAUGUUUUUGGAUGUAGCUAAUCAAUUUAAGGAUGCUAAAGUGAAAGACAUGUGGGAAAUUGUCAAAUAUAUGGUGAAAGUACCAUCAUUUCCACAGUCUGAAGAUCCUGUUAACUUAAGAAAUGGCAAAGGUACAAUUGAAGCCUUAGUUCAACAGGGCAAGAAAUAUCUUGAAGAUAGGUACAAAACAUAUAUGAACAAUAUGGUUACCGAAAAUUUAGCUCAAGCAGUACGUGGAGGAAUUCCCGGCACAUAUUCCUUGGUUAGGGGUUUUGUAGGCCUGAGACUACAAGGUGAAUAUUUGGGCUUAAGGGACGGCUCCAUAGAUGAUCGUCCACUGUGGCCCAUGGUAUAUUAUUGUUUGCGCUCAGGAGAUCUAUCAGCAGCUUUAUAUUGUCUUAAAAAAAGCUAUUUCUCUGAGUACCGCGACGUUGUUAGCAUUCUUGAAGCUAAAAUGAAUAAUCCCAAUAGUCCUGAAAUUGCAAAACUGGAGGAUAGCAUAAAGUUUUCAUACAGAAGGUUUGUCAGGAAUGAAACGGACCCAUUUAAAAGAAUUAUUUGGUCAGUUCUGGGUUGUUGUGAUGUUGUUGAUGAACAUUCAGAGGUUGCAAGAACUGCCGAUGAUUAUCUUUGGCUGAAACUGAGUUUGGUUUGUGUGGAUUCUAAUAAGGAUGACCAUGUAAAAUAUAAUGAUUUGCAGCAAUUAGUCUUAGAAGAAUAUGGUGAAAUUCAUUAUGAUGCCUUCAAUCAACCACAUCUUUAUUUUCAAGUACUGAUGCUAACAGGGCAGUUUGAGGCUGCAAUAGAGUUUUUGACUAGGAUCGAAAGAUUUAAAGUCCACAGUGUUCACAUGGCUCUAGCUUUAAAUGAAGUUUAUAUGAUUGCAGGACCACAUGAUACCAGCGCUCCUCUUAUUUUUAUAGAUCCUGCUGAUCCAAAACCUGCUAGACGUUUAAACUUAGCUCGCCUAAUCAUGCUUUAUGUACGUGCAUUUGAGCUAAAUUGUCUCGACGAGGCACUUCACUAUUUCUAUCACCUAAGAAAUUAUACUAAUUUAGACGGUCAGAAUCUUUUUAAAGUAUGUGUUGCCGAUCUGGCAAUAGAAACUAAGCAGUAUGAAAAAAUUUUGGGUAGAGUACAAAGCAAUGGGAUUAGAAUAAAGGGUCUUAUUGAUCAGUUUACUGACAACAAUGUUACUGCUGACAGUGUUGCUCAACUGAUUGGGGACAAUCUUGUAAAGAAGGGCUUGUGCGAAGAGGCCAUCAAUGUUUAUGACAUUGCUAAUAAUCAAGAAGAAAUAUUAAACUAUUUGUGCAGCAUGCUGUCUCAGGUGGUUCACUUAGAAAACGAAGAGGGAACACUUAGAGGCAGACUUCAAGAGAAAGCUGUAGUGUUUGCUGAUAGAUUCUGUAGAGAAGGAUAUAAUUGUUCGUCUAGUCUGAUGAUUUCCUUUUUGAAACUUAAAGAACUUUUGAUCUUCUUUAACUUAUAUCAUGCCAAAGAGUAUCCACAAGCUCUUAAGGUUUUAAGUGAUCUUCAGCUCAUUCCAUUCAGGAAUGAAGAAAUUAUUGAUAAGGUUCAAAGCUUUAAAGCUUUAACGGCCGACGUCAGCAAAGUGAUUCCCGAUGUAUUAUUAGCAACCAUGAAUAUGUUAUUCGCCCAAUAUCAGAAAAUCAAAGGCAAUAUUGAGUAUAUACCACGUUAUCAGGAUAAUUCUGUUGAAAAUCAAAUGGCGCAUUUACGAGCACAAGCGAAAGUUAUAACGAAUUUUGCUGGAAUGUUGCCAUACAGAAUGCCAGGGGAUACUAAUAGUCGUUUGGUGCAAAUGGAAAUAUUAAUGCAUUAAAUUAUUAUUUUUAUUACUUU